AUGCCGGUCCUCACCAACAGCAAGACUCCCAAUACAGGCGCAACAACAAGAACGAGUGUAGAUGACGCUGAAUCCCAGAGUUUCGAGAUGGAUGACUCUACACUCCUCGGAAACGACCAGGAAGUAGAGCAGAGGCCGGCGGAGAGCAGAAAGAGCAAGAGUAUAACAUCUGGUUUGGCGAGACAUACUCUGGGAUUGAUUCUGUUGCUUUGCGUCGUUUUUUUAUGGACAACUUCGAAUUUCUUGGGAAGUAGUAUAUUUGCGGAUAAAAGUUAUGCAAAGCCAUUCUUUUUGACAUAUCUCAACACCUCCGCUUUCACAUUAUGUAUAAUACCUCGAUUAGCGAACGGCGCUAUACGCAAACGAAGAGAAGGAACAUUGAAGGAUGAUUUACGGUCUACAUUUACGUUAAAGACAUUACGGAGUUUUUGGAGAGGAGAUGAUGAGGAGAAGGAGUACACGGCUGUCCGCGGUGACGAAGAGGAGUCUUUCUUGAAACCUAGUGAUGGAAAUACAAAAUCGACACGGUCUGCGUCUAGCGAGACAAGAGAAGGCAGCGGUAAUCUUGGUCUGAUACCAACUGCGCGGCUGUCGCUGGCCUUCUGUAUAUUGUGGUUCCUGGCAAAUUAUUUCGCCAUGGCCUGCUUGCAGUACACGACAGUCGCCAGCGCUACAAUCCUCAGCUCAACGAGCAGCGUCUGGACCUUGCUUAUUGGUGCGCUCACACGAACAGAGAAGUUCACUUGGAGGAAGCUAUGUGGUGUGCUUGGAAGUCUGGCCGGUAUCGUGCUAAUAUCGCAGGUUGACCUAAACGCUGGGGAUGACAAAGCAGGGCAGAAAAGAGCAGUCGACGAAUUUCCCGACAAAUCACCUUACGAGCUGGCUCUAGGAGAUGGGCUAGCACUCUUGUCAGCUGUCAUCUAUGGUUUCUAUACCAUCACGUUGAAAAAGACCACGAUUUCAGCUUUACCCAAGGCCAUUCAUAUGCCCACUUUUUUCGGUUUCGUGGGCAUGUUCAACAUUGUGCUGUUACUUCCGCUAUUUCCGGUAUUACAUUUCACGAAAUUGGAAAUAUUCACCCUUCCUCCCACGGCACACAUCUGGAUGAUCCUCCUCGUCAACUCCGUCAGCAGUCUAGUAAGUGAUAUCUGCUGGGCAUAUGCAAUGGUAUUCACAAGCCCGCUCGUCGUCACGGUCGGAUUGAGCUUGACGAUUCCUCUAAGUUUGGUUGGUGAGAUGAUCAUCCAAGGACGUUUCGAGAGCUGGGUAUAUUGGAUUGGAGCUAUGGUUGUCGUUGGUAGUUUUGUAUUUGUUGAAAGAGAAGAGAAGCAUGAGGAAGGGGAGUCUGACACUGCGGGCGGUGAGGAAGACUUGGGUGAGCCGGGGCCGGCUAUUUUUAUAGAAGAUUACGAUGAGGUACAGGAGGAAUUGCUGCGAAGAGAGGAGAGUCCAGCGUUGCUUGAGGACGAGGAGGAGCAAGGAGACGAUCGUGUAGUGCGUCCAAGCUAG